UUAGAUUAAAAAGUAAAAAACAAAAUCCUAACUACGUACGUACGUAUUUCCAAAGCCUCCCAAGCCCUAAUUCAUCGAUAGAGUUAUUUCAAUUCUUCCAUCAAUUAUGGAAGGUCUAGUCCCUGAAAACUUAGAAUGGAAGGGAAAGUUACCGAUUGGAUAUAAGUUUCGUCCUACUGAGAAAACACUUCUCAAGGAUUACCUUCUUCCUAAGGUUAAUGGUCUGGGUUUCCCUCGAGGCAUCAUCCACGAGGCUGACGUUUACCGGCAGCAGCCGUCCGAUCUUCUUCUUCAAUACCCGCCGGACACCGGAGAGAUGUACGCCUACUUCUUCACAGAGAGAGCAAAAAGGUACAAGAAGGGGUCAAGACCCAACCGCUGGACUCAGGAUGGGAAGGGUGUGUGGAAGAUCACAAAUAAAAUAGCGAUGGUCAAAGAUGGGUCAACGGUGAUCGGGAAAAAGAACGUUCUUGGGUUCAAUCUUCAUGAGAAUGAGGCGAAGACGAACUGGAUCAUGCAUGAGCAUAUUUUAGACGAGAAGUUCGUGAAUAAUCUAGUCAACGAUGUAGUGUUGUGUAGGAUUCACGAAAGAAAGUCAAAGAAACAAGGGCUUGAAACUGGUGGAUCUCGGGGUGAUGACUUACAUAUGCCGGCGUUGCCGCCGUUUUUUUAUUUCCAGCCGCCGCCGUUACAUAAUAUGGCCGCCGCCGCCGCUCCCUUUUGUCAGUUUCACGAUGAAUUCCAAGGUUUGGUUACUAAUCAUAAUAUGGGGGCGGCCGGGUUAGAGAACGUGAAGACUAGCGUUGACUGGCCAAACCCUAAUGGGGACUAUAUUAUGAAGCUGAUGAGUUCUAAUACCGUCGCACCAAGCAAUGCUUAUACUUUGGAGGUUAAGAAUAAUGUUGGUGUCAUGAAUGGGGUGCAAGUAUAUCUUCCUCCGCCGCAGGAACCGCCGGCGAUUGAUGUGAGACCGGCUGCUACGGUGACCGGAGUAGAUGGAGAGACGGCAGGGGAUCAUAUGGCGACAUUUGGUCAGUAUGAUGAUGGUUUCGAAUUGUGGGAUAUUGAUCUAGAGGAGUUAGAUAGUCUCUCCAAUUUUUUGGAUGAUAACUUCAUUGUCAAUUCUCCCUUCCAAUCUUCUCCACCUCCCAAGAGUAACUCCUAGCUAGCAGCUGAUUUAUCAUUUAUUAGUAAUUGUAGG